GACGUGGGCACAGUGUGGGGGUAUAGGAAGAGGGUAGGUAGUAAUGUGAGUGAGCCUGUCAGACAGUAUGGUCGGGGUCUGAGGACAGCAGCAGCAUCAAGCUCUCUCUCUCUCUCUCUCUCUCUCUCUCUCGCUCGACCAGUGUGGUGACAUCCACACAUCACCCGGACCCGUCCACCCAUCAGACGCGCACCCAGCACCCAGACACCGGAGGACGAGGACCAGAGCGGGAACGGGUCUGUUCACCUUCUCGUCAUAUUUUUUUUUUUUUUUCUUUUUCCCCCCCAGUUCCUUGGCUUUGGGAGUGGGCUCCGGGCUGGACCGCAUGCAUGACACAACGCAAAGGCGAGAAACCCACCAUCAGCAUCCAGGAGCACAUGGCCAUUGACGUGUGCCCCGGCCCCAUUCAGCCCAUCAAGCAGAUCUCCGACUACUUCCCCCGUUACCCGCGGGGCCUCCCCCCCUCCGCGCCCCCCCCGGCGGGCCACACCGGGCCCCCGCGCUCUGCCCUCUGCGCCCCCCCGGCCGCCGCCCCCGCCGCCGCCGCCGACAGCGAGCGCCCCAAUGAGGAGCCCCCGGAGCGGGCGUGUGCCGGAGCCUCCGGGUCGGCGCUCGGCGCCAGGAGGGACGAGGAGCCCGACGUGGAGGGAUACGACUCGGACGACUCCACUACACUGGGGACCUUGGAAUUCAGUUUGCUGUACGACCAGGAGAACAAUGCGCUGCACUGCACCAUCAACAAAGCCAAGGGGCUCAAGCCGAUGGACCACAACGGACUGUCCGACCCCUACGUCAAGCUGCACCUCCUGCCCGGUGCCAGUAAGGCCAAUAAACUUAGAACCAAGACACUGCACAACACACUUAACCCUGUCUGGAGUGAGACCCUGACCUACUAUGGCAUCACAGAUGAGGAUAUGGUCCGAAAAACACUCAGGAUUUCAGUGUGUGAUGAAGACAAAUUCCGCCACAAUGAGUUCAUCGGGGAGACUCGAAUCCCCCUCAAGAAGCUGAAGCCCAACCAACUCAAGAACUUCAACAACUGCCUGGAGAAACAGUUACCGGUCAACAAAACUGAAGACAAAUCCCUGGAGGAGAGAGGACGGAUCAUGAUUUCCCUGAAGUACAACACCCAGAAGUCCUGCCUGGUCGUGGGCAUCAUCCGCUGCGCUCACCUCGCCGCCAUGGACGCCAACGGCUUCUCGGACCCCUACGUCAAGACGUACCUGAAGCCCGACGAGAACAAAAAGUCAAAGCACAAGACGGCUGUGAAAAAGAAGACGCUGAAUCCCGAGUUUAACGAGGAGUUCUGUUACGAUAUCAAAUAUGCAGACCUCACCAAGAAGACGCUGGAGGUCACCGUGUGGGACUACGACAUUGGGAAGUCCAACGACUUCAUAGGCGGCGUGUCUCUGGGCAUCAACGCCAACGGGGAGCGGCUCAAACACUGGUUCGACUGCCUCAAAAACAAGGACAAGAAAAUCGAGCGCUGGCACACGUUGACCAACGAACUGCCCGGUUCGUUAAACGACUGAGACCCACGCGUCCGACCCGUCGGGCCUCGCUCCUCCUGCACCACACAGGACCACCCCCCCCCCCCCCUCCAUCCUCCCCACCCGGCUUCUGGAUCUGUCCUCGUGUGGACCACUGUGACUUGUGACACGUCUCUUUGGGAAUGUUCUUCCUCUCCAAGUGCUCAGCCGAAACAUCCAGAACUUUAUGUUAUGUCUGUGUCCAUCCGCGGGGGUUGCACAACUGCUCCUUUAUUUUCCUGGACCCAGAGAAAUGAAAAGAAUGUUUUUUUUUAAGACACAUUAUUUAAAUUCUCCUUUAAAGUUUGUUCAACCAAGAUAAAAGGAACAAAUACUUUAUAAUAACUUAGAUGUUUUACGGCAGCCACAUUUUUUAAUAUCAAUCCACCAAUCCCCCAAACAUGACAUGAUGAUAAAUAGAUACUGAGUACAACACGCAUGAAGGAGACGUGGGAGAACGAGCAGAGAACCAAACUAGAGAGAACCAAAAGAUGUAGCAAAAUUUCAUAUUUUACGGACACAGCUAUGUUCUCAAGCAAUAUUUAGUGUUACGGAUAGGGAAGAAACAGUUCUAAAUUAACCCGCCAACAGCAAGGCGUGCAGUAUCUGAGUGUUUCUCCUGUAGUUUAAAAGAACGCACAAGAUCUCUGUGUGUGUGAGCUCCGUCGUGCGCCUCAUCCUCAGAGGUUUGCGCUCGAGCCGGAUUCACUCCACACAAAAACCCCGGCGUCCCUCCGUAGCAGGUUGAAAAGGCCUGUACAUCCAGGAAACGCAGAAAAGCGUCAAAACGCAAGGCUUCGUGGCUGCGUGAAAGGACGGCGGGUCAAAGUGUAACCCAAUGCAAAAACUUCAUCCACAGCGACUGUCCACGGCACACAGCGGUGCCUUGUGUUUCAGUGCUAGGUGUCACCGUGUAACCUCUAUUCUGCGCCCGUCUAGUUCUGUGUUAAUCCUCGUGUAAAGGUUCUGCACGUGUUUCGGUCCUUGUUGCAACAUCCACGCACGCGAUCCAAUAUGCAAACUGAGAAGCGUCACUGUUUGUACUCAGCUGCUGGUCACAAGUGAUUGUUCGGAUUCGCUGAGUGACAGCUUGAAGCACCGCGAGACGCCAAGGGCGAGACGCGGUUGCCGCGCGGGGCGCGCGCGCGCGCGCGGACGUGCGGGGGAGUCAGGUGUGACCAGACGGCGAGGUGAACGCCAGAGAUCUUCAAUAAUUCUGAGGAUGCGGGGGUAAUUUCAUCACGUGCGCAGUCGCCGUGUGCGGCAAUCGCGCAGCGCCGCUCCGCAGUGCGGAGGGUGGAGCGCCCGUUUGAUGGAGAGCAGCUGUAAUCAGCGGCAAAACGUGCAGCGGGUGACCCGCCCGACGAAAAUCACUCGUCAAACCACAACGCCACGUGACACGCGCGUGCGUGUGCUCGCGUGCAGCUUAUUGUUUACACUACAGAAGAUGAGUUCCCAUAAAAACUCGCUGACAACAUUAUCAACGGCGAUGUGGGUGAAAAUGAACCUGCUGCGUGUCCAAAGGGCCGAACCUUUAAAAAAAACAGAGAAGUUUACGUCAAAUAUGGAAAAAAAACCUCUAAGGAUAAAAGCAUGUAUUGUUUACAACAGCCUAUUCCUGCUGAAGUUCCAGUUGGCUGCUCUACAGGGCGAACGUGCUCUCGCUCAAGUCACUGCGAUGCAAGCUUUGCUACGGUGGCCGAGAAGGGCAGGAUUUUUAUUAUACUACCAGUGUGUAUAUAUAUUGUUACUAUGUUGUUGCAUAUGUUGAUUUUUUUUUUAAUUUGAUGUAAGCUGCUCCGGUAUAAAAUCAACCAGGACGUAUGUUUUAACCCUUUCUAUUCCACAGUCACAUCCACCAGAGCUCACACGUCUAGGUUUUAGUUUGAACUCUCUUCAAGUUUAUGACCCCUCCGGACCAGCACACUGGCAUGCGCCUCGUGUACAAGUACUUCUCCCGUUGGAUCCUGCUGCGUGACCUUCUCUGCAUGCCCGCACCGCCGCCACGCCACGGACGCGGGAUCGCACGGUCCUCACGCAACGCCGACGUCGCGGGAGUCCCGCAUCCCGCGCUCAGCCGCGCAGGCAGCUUCCCGACCGCGUGCGCGCAGCCCGCCGCUCACAGCUGGUAGCAUUUUGUAUCACGUUCACUCAUAAUCGCGAUGUCAUGACGUCAGGCUCAUUGAUCAGUGAGGUUCAAACUGGCCGCGAAACCCUGUUGGCGUCUCAAUAUAAUAGGACGACGGUCUCUCUUUCUCCGAUGAACAUGUACCAAUACAAUGAUGUGAAUUUGAUUUUGUAAUCUGUCUGCCUUUGUAUGCAAGCUGAAUAUUAUGGGGAAAAAACAUACAACUGCAUGCAUAUGUUCUUGGUUUUGUCAUGAGAUGACUUUGCCUAAUGUUUGAUACUGUUUUCUGUAUAAAAAAAACACAAUACACACUUAACUGUGGAUGCGCUAAGAUUAUGCUACGAGUCAGUCUUUCUUCUGGACGACAUUUUGUACCUUUGAACUAUUGCAUUGCCUGUUUGGCUGCUGUAUUGAGUAUCUGGAAGCGUGACUCGAUGUGAAUUAAACUCUCUCCUUUGUUGUUUUGUUUCCUUUUCAAGACUCAGGCACUUGUUUGCAUUCUCCUGGUUUGUUGAACGUAUGACUGUAAAUGCAUUGUCCAAAAUUAUAUUUUAGUCCACUGCUAAAUGGAAA